AUGGUAGGGAGUAGUUUUGGAAUGCACCGUGGCAUGAAUUUAUUAAGGAGUUUUCUAGAAUACAACUUGUGGAUUUGCUCCAUAAUCGCCAUCUUCGGAAUUUUUACAAACGUCAUCAUCAUAGCUGUGUUCUCUCGCCUCGGAUACCGGAACACCAUCAACAUCUCUAUGACGUGUAUUGCAUUCUGGGAUUUAGUGCGCUGCGCGUGUGGCCUGACUCACCGAGUGUACGGGGUCAUCAGAGUGGUCAACCCUGCGGAUGGUAGGACUUGGGAGAACUUCACACGCGCCUCUGUCCUCUAUCUCUACACCUUCGUUGUAUACCUCUCUAGCGUUCUAGCCGGGUACGUGGCUGUGGAGCGAUGUCUGUGCGUGAGUAUUCCUUUCACGGUCAAGUCAGUGCUCACGCCGAGGUUCACCGUGGUUGCCAUGGUAACGUUGUCCGUAGUCUGUCUGGGCUCCUUCGUCAUCGUGUUUGGGUUCUACGACUACGUGUAUGUGUUCAGCGACAAGUAUAAUCAAACAAUUGGGAUCUUCACGUUCAGUGAGUUUUACUACCAGAACCCAAAAAUCGUGCCCUACUACAACCUCAUAGGUAUUCUCUGGCCUCUGGUUAGUUUUAUUGUCAUCGUUGUCUGCACCGUCAUUAUCAUUAUACAUCUUCAGAGAUCCUCCAAAUUCCGAUCUAACGCGAAAGCUUCGGAGACUAAGAAGGAAGAGUCGGCUGGGCUCAGCCAGCGAGACAAACAAGUCGUCAAAAUGAUGUUGGUCGUCAUCAUCUUCUACAUCAUCAACCUCUUCCCCCGUAUCGUCCUCUUUUUCGCCAAGAUCUUCGUGCCGGAGUUUUACAUCAACAAGCUGUACCACAACCUAUUUUUCAUCGUGGUCUAUUUCCUCUUUCUCUUUGACUACAUCAACUCUGCCUCAAACCUCAUAAUCUUUGUCAGUAUGAGCUCGAACUUUCGGGCAGCUUUCCUGCAAAUGUUUGGAUGUGCUACUGUCGAAGUGAUCCAUUGACGAUUGAUCUCACGCCUCACGCCUCACGCCUCACGCCUC